CUGUCUCUGCUCCAGGCCUUGUACCACAACUCCUCUGCACAGACAGCAGAAGGGUGUCCCGUCCUGGUCUCUUGCCUCGUUCACUGCUCCUUAUCUCUGCUCCAUCGUUCUCACUUCUCCACGGGGCUUGGCCCCCUGAAGUCGGAAUAGCCAGUAGGAUAAUGACCCAAGAGCGACAACGUUGUUAGUUUGCAGUUUUACAUUGUGGAAGACGACAGUCUAAGCUCAGGGUCUUGUUUCCAGUGAAAUGGGGAGACAUUGGUGUUCUCUCGCUGCCUUCAUGGGCCUGGCGUUCUGCGGCUUGAUCUUGAAUGUCAAGGCUCAGAGUGCUCAAGAGUCGGCUGACCUUAUAUUCUUAAUUGAUGGAUCAGAGAGUGUUGGAGUCACCAACUUCCUUCGCAUCCGCACUCUGGCUGUGAAUGUCAUUGAGAGGCUUUUGGUGGGAAAAGACGCGAUCCGAGUCGCUGUGGUUCAGUAUAGCAACACCCCCCAAAUUCAGUUCUAUCUAAAUAACUAUCAAAGUAAGGCUGACGUUAUAAAUGCAGUCGAGGAAAUGAGUUUCCUAGGUGGCACAGAGGCUAAUUUGGGGGCAGCCCUGGAGAAAGUUGCAGAAAGUUUACUUGGCUGGGAAGCAGGCGGCCGGGCGGAGGAGGGGUUGCCUCAGGCAGUGGUCGUUAUCAGCGCUGGGCCUUCCAGUGAUGACACGAAGAAAGGCAUCAGGGCUCUCAAGCAAGCCAAUGUGUUUACGUUCAGCGUCGGGAUCGGCAAUGUCGAUCUUACGGAACUGGAGGCCAUAGCCACGGAUAAGAGCUUUGUGUCAGCGUCGUCCGAUAUCACUUCUGCGGACCAGCUGAGGGACGUGAUUCUGUCGUUUGUUAAUGGGGUGGCUCAGCGUGACAUUGUUUUAGAAACUCAUAUAACUGAAGCCCUGGCUGUUGGGAAGAGGGACAUAAUUUUCCUCAUAGAUGGCAGUCAAAAUAUGGGUGGCACCCAUUUUAGUGCGAUCCGCCAAUUUAUCGUGAGGUUUGUCGAUUCCAUGCCUAUUGGCCGAGACCAAGUGCAAGUGGGUGUGGCCCAAUUCACCACCAGCCCUAAGGCAGAAAUAAAUCUGAACACAUAUAGCACAAAGGAGGCCCUCAGUAAUGCUGUGAACAGGACUCGGCUGAGAGGAGGGACACCGGAAGUCAACCUAGGGGCGGCCUUGAACUUUGUAAGGACCCAGAUGCUAAGACCAGACGCCGGGAGUCGCAUCCAGGAAAGAGUGCCUCAGUUACUGCUGGUGCUGUCUGCCAAGAAAUCCAGCGACGACGUUACCCAGCCAGUCCAUGAACUCCAGCGAAUGGGUGUCCUGAUCAUGGCUGUGGGCUCCAAAGCGGCAGAUGAACAGGAGCUGAAGGAGAUUUCCAUCAAUGAGGAUUUAGUCUUCAUGGUGAAGGAUUUCCGGCAGCUGCUCCGCAAUCCAAAGUUUAUCGUCGCUCCCCUGUCAACGUUAUCUGGAGUUGUUGUGACAGAAGUGCCUACAGAAACAGUCACUGAAAUAACCACAGUGCAAACCCAGCGAGUUGUCAGGGAUAUCGUUUUCCUUGUGGACGGCUCCGACUAUGUUGGCAAUGCCAACCUGCAAUUUGUGCGUGAAUUCAUCACACAUGUGGUCAACCAACUCGACGUCCGGCCUGACAGGGUGCAGAUAGCCCUGAUGCAGUUUGCAGAGAACCAGCACACAGAGUUCUACCUGAACACCCACUCUAAUAAGCAGGAUGUCCUGAAUGGAAUUGCUCAGCUACGUCUGAUGGGCGGAUCCCAGCUAAACACAGGAGCAGCAAUGGAAUAUGCUUUGCAAAACCACUUCCUGCCCUCAGCCGGAUCCAGGAGGAGACAAGGUGUCCAGCAGGUGCUUGUACUCAUCACUGGAGGACCAGCUCAAGAUGCAGUAAAACAGGUUGCUGACAAAUUAGCCCUGGCUGGAGUUCUGACCUUCGCCGUUGGUGCAGGUCCAGUGGAUCAAGCUUUCCUUCAGACAGUCGCCUUUGUUCCUGACCUGGCAUUCUAUCAGAGCAGUUUCUCUAGGCUACCAAACGUCGUUACACAGAUCAUGAAACCUUUGAUAACGGUAGUGGGGGACACAAAAACCGAGGAAGGAGAAGAGAGGGAUGUUGCCUUCCUGAUUGAUGGAUCGGAUGCUGUUACAAGUGAUUUUCCCCAUAUCAAGGACUUCAUUUUAAAAGUUAUCGAACCUCUAGAUGUUGGAAUUAACAAGGUCCGGAUUUCUGUGGUGCAGUAUAGUGAAAAACCCACAUUAAGCUUUUAUCUGAAUACAUAUUCCACAAAAGAGGAAGUAAUUAGUGCAAUUAAUGGGCUAAGACUGGCUGGAGGCCGAAGUUUGAACACUGGGGAAGCCUUGGCUUAUAUGAAGGACACAAUAUUCUCAUCUGAAUAUGGCAGCAGAAUUUCAGAAAAUGUUCCUCAGUUUUUGAUAGUUCUAACUGGUGGGAGGUCACAGGAUAAUGUGAGAGACCCAGCUAUAGCCCUAAAGACAAAAGGAGUUGUGCCUUUUGGAGUUGGUGUGAAGAACGCAGAUCGGCAUCAGAUUGAAGCUAUCUCCCACAACCCAACCUUUGCAUUCAAUGUGAAGGACUUCAGCCAACUGAACACGGUUCAUCAGCGACUUGGGAGUUAUGUCAGCCUUCCGAAAGAAAGUCUAGCAGCUGUUCUACAACAAGCGGAGACCCAAGGUCCCAAGAAAGACGUGGUCUUCGUGAUCGAUGGUUCAAAUGACGUGAAUCAGGACUUCAGAUUCCUCCAGGAAUUUAUGAGAAGGACAGUGGAGAAUCUCAAUGUUGGAGAAAACCGGAUUAGGAUUGGGGUUGUGCAAUAUAGUGACACUCCUAAUGCGGACCUGUAUCUCAAUUCCCAUACAACCAAGGAAGGAGUCCUGAAUGCCAUCAAGAGACUGAAGCACAAAGGCGGAAGGCAGCGAAAUUUGGGAAGGGCCUUGGAUUUUGUGAAUCGUGAGGUCUUGGGACGUGCUCGUGGGGGCAGGAGAGAUGAAAGAGUACCUCAAUAUUUGAUCGUUAUCUCCGCUGGGGGGUCCACGGAUGAUUUGAGAGCCCAAGCCACUACUUUAAAGCAAUCAGGGGUGGUGCCUUUCAGCAUUGGAACUAAAGGUGUGGACAUCCAUGAACUGCAAAGGAUUUCAUAUGUUCCACAAUUUGCAUAUUCAGUGCCUAAUUUCCCAGAACUCUACACAAUCCAGCAGAGCCUCAUCACCUCCCUGACAGAGCUUUCAAGUGAAGAGAUCCUUAGCUUACCACAUGUGACUCCCACUGUGUCAGUAUCAGGAGACAAAAAGGAUGUGGUCUUCUUGGUUGAUGGUUCAUCAGCUGUGCGCAGUGAUUUCUCCAACAUUCUAGAUAUGGUUUCAAAAGUCAUAAGGCAGUUAGACAUUGGCUUGGACAAGGUGAGGGUCUCAGUCGUUCAAUACAGUGACGACACCAAAGUCGAGUUUCUCCUGAAUGAACAUUCAACAAAGCAAGAAGUCCUGGCUGCCAUCAGCAGAAUCAGGAAUAAAGGAGGAUACACACUGAAUACAGGCCAUGCUUUGAACUGGGUAUCAAGAAACAUUUACCAAAGGUCUUCUGGCAGCAGGAUCGAAGAAAAAGUCCCUCAGUUUCUGAUUCUUGUAACAGGGGGCAAAUCUACAGAUGAUGUCUCUGGUCCAGCCAACCAGUUGAAAAGGAGUCGAGUUAUUCCAUUAGCUAUUGGUGCAAAAUCUGCCAGUGCAGAAGAUCUGAAACUCAUUUCUGCAAAACCUGAAUUUACCUACAUGAUCAGAGAUUUCCAGCAGAUAUCAAGUAUUGGACAGGAGCUAUUGCCACUCAUCAGGAGGACGACCACGAAUGACAUCUUCUUUGAUCCUGUGGAAGAAAAUGUUCCUCUUGGAAAAAGGGACAUUAUUUUCCUUGUGGAUGGAUCAGAUAAUGUUGGUGCUACUGGACUUGUACACAUACGGGAUUUUAUACUAAAAUUGGUCCAGAAUAUCAAUAUCCAGCCCAGUGAGGUCCGUGUAGCUGUUGUGCAGUACAGUGACAAACAGAAGACAGAAUUUUCACUGAAUACACACAACAACAAAGAUGCAGUGAUAUCCGCCAUCAAACGACUCCGCCAGCUUGGAGGCCGAUCAGCCAACUUAGCAGAAGCUAUCGAAUAUGUGAUCCGGAAUGAGCUCAAGGAAUCUGCUGGGCUAAGGUUUCCUGAGGCGUCCCAGCACCUGGUGGUUCUCACGGGUGGAAAGUCACCAACUGAUGUCUCUGAUCAAGGGCAGCGGCUCAGGAAUGCUGAUGUAAACUGCAUAGGAAUAGGCAGCAGCGGUGCCGACCGGAGACAGCUCAGUGACAUCGCCAAAGAUCCAAGCAGUGUUUUCCAACUAGACUCCUUCUCAAAAUUACCUAACCUCCAGAAAAACGUAAUUGAUUUACUCAACGUGACCUAUUUAAGGGAGACUCCGACUGACGUUGAUGAUGAAAUAGCACCUAAGACUGCUGACAUCGUAUUUUUAGUUGAUGGCUCAAUUAAUGUGGGCCGGACCAAUUUCAAAGAAGUCAUGGAGUUCAUCUGGAACCUCAUUGAUCUUUUUUAUACGGAAAGAGAUGACCUGCGUUUUGGUUUGGCGCACUACAACACCGAGGUGACAGAUGUGUUCUUCCUCAACACCUAUAAAGACAAAGACGCCAUGUACGAUGCUAUCCAGAAUGCCGAAUUCAAAGGAGGCCACAGAAUCAACACAGGUGCCGCCAUUACGCAUGUGAAAGAUCACCACUUCAUUAAGGAGAAAGGGAGCAGGAAGGAUCAGGGUGUCCCUCAGAUUCUGAUGAUUGUGACGGGCGGCAGGUCCCAUGAUGAUGGGAAGUCUGCUGCUUUGGCACUCAAAGCAUCACAAGUAAAGAUUUAUGCUAUUGGGGUGGGCAACAUUGAAGAUGAGCUCAACAACCUUGGGAGUGAGACCACCAUGGUUGCCCGAGCCAGUACCUUCCAAGAACUUUCUGAGCUGAAUGAACAGAUCCUGGAAACACUGCAUGACUCCUUGAAAGGCAUUAAACUAUGCAUGACUGGUACACAGGAAAUCGCAAGGGAAUGCAAGCUGGAGGUCCUGGUGGGCUUUGAUGUCUCUGCACAGAACAUUUUUGCCGCUCAGAGGUCUCUAGAAUCCAAGAUGGGCGCCAUUCUUCACACCGUUACACAGAUGCAAGGCAUCAGCUGCACCUCAGGCACCUCCCCCUCCGUCUCAGUGGGAAUUCUAGCUUUGGACUCUGCCUCUGAACCAGUACAGUUUGAUUUCACAGAUAACCCCUCUCAACUUUUCGAGUCCUUCAAGGCCCUGCGCUCCCGGGGACCGUACAUUCUCAAUGCCAAGACCAUUGAUGCUUAUGGCUCCAUGUUCCGAAAUAGACCCUCAGAUACUGUCAAGGUUAUAUUUCACCUAACAGAUGGUCUGGAUGGACAGCUUCAGCAGAUGAAGGAACGCUUGGAAGCCCUUCAAAAUUCAGGUGUGAAGAGCUUCGCCCUUGUGGGUCUCGAGACCAUUCCUCGGCUGGAAGAUGCUGCACUCUUAGACUUUGGAUUUGGUCGUGGUUUCAGAUACAAAGGGCCUCUUCGUGUUAACUCACAUUAUUUGGAAUACGAACUUAGGGAGGAACUGGACAACAUAGCUGAGCGAGAAUGCUGCUCUGUGCCCUGUAAGUGCACUGGACAGAGAGGCGAACGAGGAGGAGUAGGUCUUCUGGGAUCCAAGGGCAGUCCAGGAGGGAUGGGCUACAGAGGACAUCCAGGCGAUGAAGGAGGACCGGGUGACAGGGGACCUCCUGGUCUGAAUGGUACCCAAGGUUUCCAAGGUUGUCCAGGGCCAAGAGGUACUAAGGGUUCUCGUGGUCACUCUGGGGAGAAGGGUGAAUUUGGUGAAGCUGGUUUGGAUGGAAUCAUCGGGGAGGAGGGAAAACGUGGAGUACCAGGUCCUCCAGGAGAGAGGGGUGGUCCUGGGAGUAGGGGUCCUAAAGGAGCCAAAGGACAAGCAGGAGAGACGGGCGCACCUGGAAUCCGUGGAGACCCAGGUUUACCUGGAGUAGAUAAUACUCAGAGAGGACUCAAGGGAGAUGCAGGAGAUAUAGGACCAGUGGGAGAUCCAGGGCCAGAUGGUGUAAAAGGCCCCCCUGCUGAAGCCGGCAGAAGGGGUUCCAAUGGACGGCGAGGCUCCCCGGGACAACCUGGAGCAGCUGGACAGCCUGGGGCGAAUGGAGAUCCCGGAGAGCCUGGAGUAGGGGGGUCUCAGGGUGCACCUGGACCCAUCGGAGCCCCAGGAAUGCGUGGAGAGGAUGGAAAUCCCGGGCCUAGGGGUACAGGAGGUGCACAAGGCCCCCCCGGGGAGAAGGGCAGAAGGGGCGCCACAGGCCGCAAGGGUGAGCCAGGAGAGUCAGGACCCCAAGGAGACCGUGGAGGGUCAGGUCCUCUUGGAGAGCCGGGAGAAGAUGGACGAGAUGGGUUUGGAAUUCUUGGUCCAAAAGGAAAAAAGGGUGAUGAUGGCUUCCCUGGAUUCCCGGGACAAAAGGGCUCAGCAGGAGACUCAGGGUCUAAAGGCGGCCCAGGACCCAAAGGAAUCCGUGGACAGCGGGGAAUUGCUGGGAACGCUGGACCACCAGGUCAGAAAGGAGACUUUGGAAAUCCUGGACCUUCUGGGUCGAAAGGUAUACAAGCAGCUGGUGUGGGGCAAUGUGACCUGGUCAAGAAAAUCCGAGAUAACUGUCCCUGCUGCUAUGGGGGUGAGGAAUGCCCACGUUACCCCACGGAGUUAGCAUUUGCCCUGGAUGCCUCCGACGGCGUGACUGGCACCGCUUUCGGCAACAUGCGGCAGUUGGCACUUAGGCUGGUGAGGAACAUCACCAUCGCCGAGAGCAGCUGCCCCCGGGGGGCACGGGUGGCUGUGACACUCUACAACAGCGACGUGACCACGGAGGUGCGCUUCGCCGAUGCACUGAAGAAGAAGAGCCUCAUCGAGCGCCUGGAGGGGCUGCAGGCGCCUCAGACCCGCAAGCAGCGCAGCCUUGAUUCUGCCAUGACCUUCUUGGCUCAUAACACCUACAAGCGCGUACGCAGCGGCUUUCUGAUGCGCAAGGUGGCUGUCUUCUUCGUCAAUGGCGUCACACGGGCCUCUCCCGCCUUGAAUGCUGCCAUGCUCCGCCUCUACGAUGCCGGGAUCUCGCCACUGUUUCUCACCACCCGCGAUGACCGUGCCCUGUCCCAGGCCCUGCAGAUCAACAACACAGCAGUGGGACAGGUCAUAGUCCUACCCCAACCUGGAAGUGCCCAGUACAACUCAGUAAUAAACAAGAUCAUUAAAUGUCACAUCUGUCUAGACUUCUGUGCACCUGAGCAGAUAUGUGACUACAUCCCCUCACAACCAAGCAGAGAUAGGAGGUCGUCCACCAACGACGUUGACAUUGACAUUGCCUUCAUAAUGGAUAGCUCUCAGAGCACAUGGCCCGUUGUGUUCACUGAGUUGAAGCACUACAUCUCCCACAUCAUUGACCAGCUGGAGAUCGCUUCAGAGCCCAAGAGCUCAAUCCACCACGCUCGUGUAGCUGUGGUGCAGCACAGCCCUUACGAGUUCAAGCCCAACGGAAGCGCCGCACCUGUGCAGGUGGACAUCGGUCUGACUGACCAUAGCUCCAAAGAGAACCUCAAGCACUUCCUGCACACUAAGGUGCUGCAGCUGGAAGGCAUGCGUGCCUUGGGCAGUGCGAUGGAGUACACAAUCGAGCACAUCUUCGAGAAGGUGCCACACCCACGUGACCUGAAGGCUAUCGUGCUCAUGGUGACCGGCCCCAUAAGUGACCAGGAAGAACAGAGAUUGGUGCACAUUGCCACAGAGGCCAAGUGCAAAGGCUUCAUCAUGGUUGUCCUGGGUGUGGGUGAACAGUUGAGGGCAGAAGAUUUCCGAAUCCUGAGCCGAUUGGCCAGCGAGCCAACCAGCGUAUUUUUUAAGCGAAUCGAAAGUGCCCCACACUUUAAUGACGAGUACAUCCAACGCUUCGGCCGUCUGCUUCCCAAAUACCUCACCACUGACAAUGCCGUACAUAUGUCUCUGGAAGUUGCCAAGAACUGCAAAUGGUUCCAGGGUGACCAGUCGAACAAAACGGCCAUCUUACCAAAUAAAGAGCAAGUGCCCAUGAAUGACCAGCUGCAGCAUGAAACCCAGGCUGAUCAGUCAAGGAGGCCAAAAGAAUGGCCAGCAGAAGAGCUGCACGUGGGAAAUGUGACCUCCAGCAGUCUGGUGCUUCGAUGGACCGGUCCUCAUGCUGAUAAGCAGGGCGAAUUCCACGUCAUCGUGACCCGCCUGCUAGACCACACCCUGGUGCUAAGGGAGAACGUGACCGGCACGGAGCUCCUGCUGACUGGCUUGGAGAGCGCUCAGAAAUACCACGUUGUGGUUACCACCAACACUCAUGGCCAAGCUGGGGCAGUCUACAAGGGCAUUGUCAGCACCAAAGCAGCACAGAGCAAUGUGGCCGGGCCAGUGGGGAUGAAAGUAGAUUCACCCACAACUCCUUUGGAACAGCCAGAGAUCGCUCUGGCGCAGCAACUCAGAGACAGUCAGACGGAGCACCUGCCCAUGCCAGCGAACAGCGUUUGCCAGCUUCCCAAGGAGGAGGGCACCUGCGCCAAGUUCGUCCUUCAGUGGCACUUUGACUUCCCCAGUAGGAGCUGUGCUCGCUUCUGGUAUGGAGGCUGUGGAGGAAACCAGAACCGCUUCGAGACCCAGGAAGAGUGCGAGAAGACCUGUGGGACAGCAGCAUCUUUCAAUCAAGGGCUCGGAGAAGCUGUAAGAACAUAGGGAAGACACAUGAACAAUCAGGUUUUACCUCUGCAAAAAGUCCAGUAAAGAAGGCGCAGCAAAGCAAUGCUGCUGGCACUGAGACGGCCCUGAGAUCUGUUAUCUUUUCGUCACACUAAACAAGAAAAUCAACGACCUGAUGCAUAGUUAUCAAACUGGUGCUAUCUUUUUUUUUGCAGUGGAUGUAUUAAAUUUACCUGGUGUGUAUUGUGAAGUGUAUUGAAUUUUAUAAAAUAGUUCGGAAAUAAUUUUAUACAGUUUUUCUCACAAUUAGUCGUACGAAAAUAACCAAAAGUAACUACGUUUUAAUAGUACACAAAGACUUACAGAUGACAUCCUAUUUGGUUCAGGUUAAUUUCACUGAAAACUCUUUCUGGGUCACCCAAUGCUUUAACAUAAUCAUCCACACUGAUAUAGAUUUUAAGCUAGUUUACAUAUCUCCAUGUGUAAAAAAUGACAGCCAUUUUGUUCAAGCACAGUCGGCAAACUUCAUAUUAUAAGUGCACUUCAAACACAAGGUCCUGUUCAUACAAGAUGGAAUGUACUUGUCAAAACUGUUGAUUUUUUGUUUGUUUUAUUACUUUGUUUCAGACUGGGGUGAGGAAAUAAAAAUGCUUUCUAUUAA